AUGCACAACCCCUCAGUACCCACGAUGACGUUCCUCGUCCUCUUUCUAGAAUCGCUUUUCUUCGGGGCGUUCUGCAUCCUCUACCUCUUUUCGCUCUGGGUCCUCGUGUGCCGACAACGUCGUCAGCCGCAUUCAGCUUCGAGUCUUUCAAUGAUUGCCAUCGUUACGAUAAUGUUCAUUCUCACAGGGCUGCUCCUUGCCCUCGACGUCGGAUACCCCAUGAAAGCUUUCGUCGAGCACAGUGGAACACCCAACGGCCCUAUAAACUAUCUCAACCAACAGGCGAAUGACUCGUCUCUUAAUAUGUUACACCCCGUUCUUUUUGCGAUCAUGACCUUCCUAGGCGAUGCAUUCAUGACAUAUCGUAUCUAUGUUGUUUGGAACCAGCAGUUAAUAUCUCUGGUCGUGCCCAUUCUCCUUCUCGUCGGCGAUAUAGUCGCCGGCGCAUUUUCUGCCGAGGCGCUGAUCCACGGUCCGAAAACAUAUUACACCAUUUCCGCGCCCAAUGCUAGCGCCAAACUGAUCGCCUAUUUCUCAAUGACAUUACUGACAAACGUGGUCACUACGCUCCUCAUCCUUGGUCGGCUGUGGUUGAACGAUAACAGCGUCAAACAGUAUCGCACUGCAGAGGCGUCGACUUCCGUACAUUGGCAAGUGAUGAAGACCAUCGUACAGUCCCAAAGCGCCUACUCGCUCGGGGUAAUUUUCAACGUAGUCGCAUUCGCGACCCAUUCGAACCUCGCCAUCCUUACCAGUGCGAUGCUCCCGACGUUACUCGGCAUAUCGUUCACGCUCAUUAUCACUCGGAUCGGGUUCAGCGAGAUGCUGGGGAACGGAUCCGACGGGUCUCUAACGGAAACCCACACCAUGCAUUUCAACGAACGCGGGCGGUCGUUGUCGCCCAUCUCGGUCGACGUCUUUAUCUCCCGAACGGACAAUAGCCCGGAUGCGCAAUGUCUCCACGAUAAGACCGUGGACCUACCUGCGAUGGGAGCUUGA